AUGCGAUCAAUCCUUUUCCUUGCAAGAUCCUUUGCUCUGCUGGAUUUUGAAGACCAAAUGGCGAGUAAUCUUGACAAGCCAUUUGCAAGCAGCGAUAUUUCCUACUCGAGGACGAUUCUUCGCACUAUGAACGAGUUUAGGAGGCAAGGAAUUCUGUGUGAUGUAAUUAUCACUGUCCGCGGGGGCCGCAAGUAUAUAGCACAUUCUACUGUACUCGCUGCUUCAAGCCAAUAUUUCCGAAAGUUAUUUGCUUUUAAUUCCAAUACAGAGACACGUUUUCAAGUUCAGGUACACUGGGUGUAUUCUGAAGUUAUGGAAGUCAUUUUGGAUUACAUUUACACCGGGAAAAUAAACUUAACAGAAGACAAUGCCGAGGUCAUAUUAACCGCUUCAGAUUAUUUCGUCGUUGAAGGUUUACAAGACGUUGUUGUCGACUUCCUACAAGAACACUUGAAUGUUCUCAGUUGCUGUUCAGUUUUAUCUCUGGCUGAUGACUAUUCCUUGCACGUUUUAAAAUCUUCCUGCAGUCGUUUCAUCAGCAAUAACUUUGCUGAGGCCACAAAAUCGCAAGCGUUUUUUUGUUUACCAAUGAAACUCCUGAAAGAGCUCAUCUCAAGAAAUGAUCUGGUGCUUGCGAGCGAAAAGGACAUCUUUUGCGCAGUUGUACGUUGGGUCAAUCAUAGCUUCGAGAACCGAGCCUCUCAUUUUGAAGAUCUUUUUUCUUGUAUUCGAUUGCAAGACAUACCAAAAGAGUUUCUCUCAUCUACUGUCGUCCAUGAAGCGUUGGUUCAAGAGAACGACACGUGCAUGGCUCACGUACUGGAGGUGAUGAACGUGGGUGAUGUAAGUCACGCAAGUACGAACAUCAGAUCAAAUCUGGAGAGUGUUGAUGCUGUGGUCUUGUGUGGAGGGACCAGUAGUAAGUAUGUAACGCAAAACUUUCAACAUACCGCCUGUUUUGUUCCUUCGAGUAACAAAUGGCUUGAACUGCCAAAUAUGCUUUGUGGACAAACUGGUCACGCAACAGCGGUGUGCAACGGUCUACUGUACAGCACUGGUCAUCAUUCCAUUUUCAACCAGGAAACUAGCCGGCUCGUACAGUGCUACGUUUCGGGAGAUAGAAAAUGGGUAACCUGUGCCUCCAUGCCUGUUGGACGUUCCUUUGCAGCUGCGGUCACUCUCCAAGGUCAAUUGUACGUCCUGGGUGGAGUCCUCCACAAAGACAACCGCAAGUCGGUUUCCACGGCAGUAAGUCGGUACAAUCCAGCAGUCGAAAGGUGGUACGCUGUUACUGGAAUGAACUGUGCUCGUCAAGGUUUGUGCGCAGUCGUAUUUGAAGGGAGCAUCUUUGCCAUAGGGGGAAGGGAUAUUGAUGAUAAUUUCCUAUCCACCGUGGAGAGAUACGAGCCACAGCAGGAUCAAUGGGCGUCGAUAGGAUCUAUGGUCAAAAGGCGUGCUUUUGCCUCUGCAACAGUCAUUAACGGUAAAGUGUUGGUAAUCGGAGGUCGAGAGAAUGCACAAGACUCUGGAAUUCUCAACUGCUGUGAAACAUUUAAUCCUGCAACUGGUCAAUGGAGCCUUGAGCCCUAUGGUCUCUGCACUGCUCGCUGCUCUGCAGGAAUCUGUGGUGUUGGCAACAAAGUGUUUGUGUUCGGUGGCGAAAGUGAGGAUGAUGCACUCGAUAGUGUGGAGUGCUUGGAUGUUCAAGAGCGUCAGUGGUCCAUAGUAACUCAUAUGCCUUUCAACGCUUUUCACAUCCAAGCUGAGCUUCUUCGUCUUCCCAAGAACACUGUUUUUAGGCAGUAA